AUGCACAUCGCUUCCCACAACGUCAGGACAUUAUCGACAGACUCUCUCCUGGACGUAUAUCUACAACAACUGGAAAAGAUCAAAGCCGACAUUAUCGGUGUAUGCGAAACUAGGAGAGCACGCGCUGUCUCAGCGAGGUGGACAAGCGGUGAAGAAAUUCUGCUGGGAGAAGGAGCCAACAAUGUGCCCAGAACAGGUGGAGUCGGUUUCAUCAUAAAAGCGAAAAUGGUCCCGUACAUUAUUUCUUGUGAUAUCAUAUCCCCACGUGUCGCUGUUCUGAAGGUCAAACUACAAAAGUUGGGAAAUCGAACGCUCAAAAUGGUGCAAGUAUAUGCGCCCACUAUCACGGCGGAGGACGACGAAAUCGAACGUUUCUACGAAGAAAUAGAGACGGCAUUGAAGCUUAAAUCGACAUACACUAUUGUUCAAGGCGAUUUCAACGCAGUUGUCGGCUCCCGAUUGGACGAUACGGAAUACCUCAUAGGAAGGUACGGUGCGGGAGUAAGAAACGACAGAGGAAACCGUUUGAUCGAAUUUGCAGAACAACAUCAAUUCUCAAUAAUGAACACUUUCUUCGAGAAGAAAGCGAAGCGUCUCUGGACAUGGAGAAGCUCAGACACGAGAACUCUGAGGCAAAUUGAUUAUGUGCUGACCGAUACGCCAAGAUUGUUUGCUGACGUCUCUGUUAUAGGGGAAAAUGUGAUAACGACUGGCUCCGAUCAUCGGCUUUUGCGUUCGGUGAUCCUCUUCGAUGCCAAGAAAGAACGUCGAGUUCUGCAUUCGCAAAGAACACUCGUACGACAAACUUUCAAUGCCGAUAUGUAUGCUGCGAUGAUAGAGUCGUCAGAUCUACACAUGAAUACCGGAAGCAAUAUCGAUGCCGACUAUGAAGAUCUAGUGGGAAAAAUAACUCAGGCCGUGAAAGCAUCGAGCAUAGCAAUAGAGCCCGCAAGGCGACGACGUAUAUCGACAGAAACACUGCAGAUGAUGAAGAGGAGAGCACGCAUGAAGGCUGAAGGACGAGUGCAAAAUGAGGAAUACCGGACACUCUGUGAAGCGAUAAGGGAAAGAAUCAAGUGCGACUAUGAAGGCUACAGACAAAUGAAACUUCGCGAAGCAGCUGAGAAAAGGGCUAGCCUGAAAGCUGUAGAAAGGGAUAUCCGUCUAAGGCAACAUAUACCCUAUGCUCUCAAGGACGAUACAGGUGUUAGAACAACCAACCGCCCACGAAUGAACGAGAUAUGUACAAAGUUCUACAACGAUUUGUACUCCUCAAAGGUGGUUGUUGCAAGAACCUACCGAAACGUUGCAGAAGAACCGAUCCCAGAAGUAAUGUGGGAAGAAGUGGAGAACGCAGUGAAACAAAUAAAGGCUGGGAAAAGCCCUGGCUGCGACAACAUUCGUCCCGAACACCUAAAAGCAGGCGGACUACAUCUAUUUAAAGCGCUGGCAGAACGUUUCAGCAGAUACUGCCAUGAAAAAAGGAUACCUGCAGCGUGGAAAAAAUCAAGGACGAUACUACUGAUGAAAAAAGGCGAUCCUGAGAGCUUAACUAACUACAGACCCAUCACGUUGCUUUCUCAAAUCUAUAAGACCUUCACAAGGAUAAUCCUAAAUCGCGUAGUCAAAGACCUGGACAUAGUCAUGAGCCGGGAACAAGCCGGUUUUCGAAGCGGUUACUCCACACUCGAUCAUCUACACGUAGUACGCCAGCUCAUCGAAAAAUGUGAAGAGUAA